CCUGUACACACAGCCCCUGCAUUGGAGCCUUUAAAGGCGCUUACUGUUCCCGCCACCUGAAACCACGGCUGCGAAACCAAGACCGGCUCGGGUCCCCGCAGGCUAUGAGGAUGACCAUGUCUUUCAAAUAGCCUUUGCUUGCUAUCUACUGCAAAAGAUUAUCUGCUCCUCUUUAGCUGCGUACGAGCUAGACUGUAACGCCUGUCACAGCGCAGAACAGCCUGGCUCGCCUCUAGUCUCUUUAAUGUACUGUGAUAACACAUUACUUCGAACAGUUUAAGGAUGUUGCUUGAAAGCUGAGGUGUGUGCACGGCUUGUCCUGACUUCUGUCGCUCCGAUGUUGCACAAGCUAGUACUUUUAACGUGACUUCAAGCCCACCGAUGAGCACCUUCGGCUAAAAAGACAUCAAUUUGGUUGCAUGAUGCCUUCGUCCUCAAGCUGGUUAGGGCGCCUUCAGCCAUGGCACGUCGUAAUGCUGGCCGGCUUGGUCCGCGCGGGCCUAAUCUGUUGGGCUGAGUACCAGGAUCGAUAUCUGUCUGUGAAGUACACAGACAUCGACUAUGUCGUCUUCACGGAUGCGGCUCGCUUCGUGGCGAAGGGAGACUCGCCUUACCGCCGCUCCACCUACCGUUACAGCCCCUUGCUAGCGUACCUUAUGCUGCCCAACAUCUGGCUGCACCCCGCUUUUGGAAAGGUACUCUUCUCCGCCGCAGACCUGGUCGCUGCGGCACUCAUGUCGUACAUUCUACGUCGUACAGCCGCAUCACCUUCCCUUCGCACCCUCGCACUGCUCGCCUGGCUGUUCAACCCCUACACCGCCACCAUCUCGACUCGUGGCAGCUGCGACGUACUAAGCGUGCUGCUGCUGCUGAGCCUGCUGGUCUGCCUGCUGCAAGGCAGGACGCUGGCGGCCGGUGCCUUGUACGGCCUUGCCGUACACUUUCGGAUCUACCCGGUCAUCUACGGACCCGCAAUCAUGAUGUUUCUGGCGCGGAGGGCGCUGGCGCUGCAGGGAGGGAGACAGGAGGACAAUUUGCAAGGCCGGAGCCACCUAGGCGAGCAGCAGGGCGGCGGGAGACAGCAGCAACAGCUCUUGCUGUCGCGAUCUGGGUUGGGUGGUUCUGGUACCACCAGUGCUCAGAGCAGUCCGAAUAAAGGCUGCAAGGGAAGUGGGACGGCGGCAAAGGGGUUGGGCACGGGCGGCGAGCAAUCGAAUCGCGGCAGCAGAAGCAACAGCAGCUCGCCUAAUGUACGAUGGGACAGUGCCGCUGCUGCUGCUGCUGCAACAGGGGCGGCGGCAACGGCAUCGCCUUCUAGGCCAGAGGAAGACGAAGG